AUGGGCUAUUUCAACCUUCACAUCGUUGACAACAACAGUUCCUACGCACCGCUGAUUGAGUACUUUGGGCUGGAUCGAAGGAGAUCAAGAAAAGAAACGGAUGCCUCAAGACCAGCUUUCUCCGUGUAUCGCAUGCAACGAAAUUUCGGGCCCUAUGUGCUGUGGCGCGUACCCGCAAUAGCUCAGCGGAUUCCACUAUUACGACUGUCAGUUAUGUACUGAACUAGGUUUCUACUAAAGCAUUUGAGCUGCACAUUGGAGAAUGAUAACGGCUCAUGGAAAGUUUUACUUCUAGUAUCGAUUAAUCCGAAUGAUUUAAUAUCGUCUGACCACUCAGGAAAGCUAUUUUUUACCUUUUCUAAUUCCAGAAGGUUCACGAUUCAUCCUGACGGAAGGGGAUAUAGUCUUCUGUCAUCCGCUUUCGGGACGCGACUUCGCUCUGCGGUACAGUCAGGUGUUGGAUUCGUUCCCCAUUAGCGAAAUCUUCAAGAUCGGACCCUUGAUCAACGUCACCAGGGCUUUGGUUUAUGAAGAUGGUUAUUUUUUUCUGGGAUUUGGAUGAUGAUUGACAAACUCAUUGAGCUUUUUUACUUGAUGUAGUGUUAACAUGGAUCUUGAUGUAGUUACAUCACGACAAUAGAAUUGUCGAAACCUGUCUAUUUUGAGAUCUAAGCAAUGCAGGACACGCACAUUGUGCGGCACGAGAAAGAUGAUGUGCGCCAUGCGAAGGCUGUGGUGGCAGCACCAACAGUGGAUGUGGGGAUUUCUCUUGAUGAAACUGAAAGCGCGCCUCCUCUUUGGCUUUCUGAAGUGGACACGCACACAGUGAUGUAUAGCGCUGGCUCGCACCUGGUUCCAAUUCACACGGUAGUUCAUUCCGGGUAUUCGAUUCGCAUGGGCCCUCCAUAUCAAGUCUACCACCUGCCUUACCACUAUUUGAGACAGCGCAGACCACGUUUGCCAAAGAGGAUGUGGAUGAAACGUCAAGGUAGUACAAGUCUAGACCUUUCCGCGGACGAAGUGGCUGGACGAAACCUCACCGACUAUGCGCGCUUGAUGUUUUGUCGCUCAUCAAAGGCGGGUUCAUCAAAGGGCCCAUCGACACGCUGGCUCAGUCCGGAGGCUGUGAGUGAAGGACUUUUCGACACAAUUGUUGUAUCCAAUAAGAUGAAUAAGACUACUAACACUACUUCUAGUACAACAUCCAACUCCUCACAAUCACUCACAAGUGUAUCAAAGGACAAGACAAUAUUCACGUCACAAUCACUGUACGACCUCCUGCAUGGAUGUAGUCGCGAGUUCGAAACGGAGCUUCGAUUUAGCUGUCGCGAAGCGUUCCGCACACUUAGAACUGGCAUGUAUGGACCCGGAUAUUUCACCAGACGCUUUUGUGGGAGGUGAUGAUGGCGCAAAUCCAAAAGACUUAAGUCGUUGUACCAGGUUAUGGUUAUUUCACCAGACGCCUUUGUGGGAGGUGAUGAUGAAGAAUGUGAUUCUGAUUGUGUCGUGAAACGGUGAUGUAAAACUUCUUGUUGAAUUUCAAGGCUAGCUGCAGUGUGAACUUCUAACAUGUAUGGACGAUAUAGGACACCAUUUUUUUGUGGAUUUUCUUGACCAUCACCACGAUGGCGCUAUGCCAUAUUCUUGAGCAUCGCACUUUUCUG